UUUCUCCUUUCCUCCUGUUUGUUUUCUUUACAAAGGACACUCGCAACUAAUCCAAUUGGUCUUGCCAUUGAAGUCCCCUCCUUCAUUGUAGCGACUCGAAGCAUUUCCCUGCGUUCACUCUGUACUCCGUACUACACACUUCCACAAUGUCUUUCGCCAGAGCAGCUUCCCUGCGUUCCGCCCUCCGAUCCUCGGCGCGCCGGACGAUCCGUCCCCAGUUCCGUUCCCAGGUCGGCCAGAGGACCUACGCCAGCCAACAUGGCGCGAAGCCCCAGAGUGAGCUUUCCCUUGCCAUUGGCUCAGUAGUAUUUUUCGCCGCGGGUCUGGCCGUCAUCCAGCCGUGGAGCGGUCCCGCGCCGUCCAAGGGCCACGGCGCCGCUCAUGCUAAGCAUGACGAGGAGGAGAAGCACGAUGGGCCUGAGGAGAAGGAGGGGAAGGAAGAGGAGUCCAAGUCUGAGGAAAAGGAGGAGUCCAAGACCGAGGAGAAGAAGGACGAUAAGUCUGAGGAGAAGUCAGAGGAUAAGAAGGAAGACAAGUUCGAGAAGCCCAAGGAUGAGAAGAAGGAGGGAAAGUCUGAGGACAAGCCCAAGGAAGAGUCCAAGGACGAGAAGAAGGGAGGAGAAGUCCGAGGAUAAGAAGGAGGAGAAGUCCGACGAUAAGAAGGAGGAAAAAUCCGAAGACAAGGAAGACUCCAAGGACGAGAAGAAGGACAACUAACCCUCCCAAGCCUCAUCACCAACCCUCAGACGAUCAUGAAGCCCACAAGGCGACACUAGUCGCCUAAAUCAUGAUCAUGUACAUAAACCACAGCCAGGUUCUUCCUGCUCUUCGCACUUGUUCUAAUGCAUAAUAAAGCAUGGCGGCUCUAUUUCCUCAGACGCAACAGACAAUCAUAGUUGAAAUCAU